AUUACCAUCACUCACUCCUCUUACAUUUUCGUUAUUAUAAUCAUAAUUUUGAAAUGUUUUUGUAGUUGUUACGUUGGAGGAAGUCACCAAACCAAAUCCACCAACACCAAAAAUACAUUUCCUUAAAUGCUUUCAAUUCUAUUAAUGUGUCAUUAGGGAAAAAAAAACAUCUUCUAGUUUAGUAACAAUGACAGAGAUCGAUUUAGAACAAGGAGCGGCGUACGGAUAUCACCGGCGAAGUGACGUCAGCGUAUAUUAUUCAGACGGGGAAGAGGAAGAUGUGAUGUCAUGCUACUCUUACUUCUAUUCGACGACUACGGGAGGGACGUAUGAAUACGAAGGAGGAGAGUCGAGGAAAGUGUCGUCGGUGAUGAGUCAUAGUUCAUCGGAGAUGGAUGAUGGGGAAGCGACGGCGCCGCCGGAGAAAGACUGUAGGAUAUGUCACUUAGGGGUGGUGGAAACGAGCGGUGGAGGUGCGAUAGAGUUAGGGUGUUCGUGUAAGGACGAUUUGGCUGUUGCUCAUAGACAAUGUGCUGAAACUUGGUUCAAGAUCAAAGGCAACAAAAUAUGCGAGAUAUGCCAAUCGGUAGCUCGAAACGUGGGCGGUGCCAACGAGAUGGUUAUGUUAACGGUGGUGGACGAGAGAGAGUUAAGAAACGGUGGAGGCCGUGAGGAAACGGCAGCUGUAGGAGCGAUAGAGAACAGAUGGCAGCCGCAGAGACUGGUGAAUAUAGUGUUAGCUUGUAUGGUCUUUGGCUUCUUCAUAUCUUGGCUCUUCCAUUUCCAUGUUUCAUCAUCUUCAUGAAACCUCUUUAUGUCUUAUAUAGUAAUCUUUGCAGUCAAACAACACAUUGUACUGUGUUAAAAAAAAUGUGUC